GGUGCUUUGGUUCUUCAACAAAAGUGUAUCGAAUUUCAAAACCUCCUUUCCAUUAUUCACUUUUGCUGAAGCUUCUCCUCCUAUCCUUUUCUUUCUGUCUUUUUCUCUCUCUUUCUCUCUAUUUCCCUUUCCUUCUCCUUCUCCUUCUUAGCCUUGGUGCUGGUUCAUGGAUAUUGAACCCUUGUGGGCUCUUGGGGGGUGGUUUCUUUUUCCUCUUUGCAUGGCAAAACCAAACCCAAUAUCAUCAAUCUCUGAAACCAGCUCUAAAUAUCACCAUUUCUUUAUCUUCUUUGUCCUUGUGAUCUUCACUUUUCUUUUACUCAUUAGCCCAUCAACAGUGACCAUGUCUUCUUCUUCAAUUUCCAUCAAGAGGGUUCUCUUGGAAUCUUCAGAAUCAAUCUCUGCUGCUACCACGACGAACUUUCACCCAAAACAAUCCCAAAACUCGCAUGCUUCAUCUUCUUCAAAAUCAAAACGUUCAGAGUUUGGAGUUGAAGCUCAUGAAGUUCCCAGCGGACCAAACCCUAUAUCCAACAGGUAAAUGAGUUUGAUAGAAGGGAUGAAACUGCAGCUGCACUGAGAGAGGCAGCCGGAUGAAGAUGAUAGAGUUGUAACGGUGAAUUUAUUAAGAAUUUGUCUUCUUUAUGGUUAUUUUCUUAGUGCACCAACUAGAACUGCUUCCUUUUCUUUUCUUUUCUUUUUCGUUUUUGUAUCGAGGGGAAUCAAGGGGUUAGUUCCUUCUUCUUACUAGAAAUGUAUAGCAAGGAAGACACUAUAUUUUGAUAUUUAUAUAUAGAGAUAUGAUGAUGGUAUGGGUUUUUGUUGGUUUAA